UAUGAAUUUUCAAGAACAACUUUUAUAAAUUAUUUAAGGAAUAUUCUCUUAAGACAAUUAGAGUAGAAAAUAGGGGGAAGAUCUAUUGGCCUAACUUAGAGUAGCAUAACCAAAUGAAUUUGUAAUACAAAUGCUCAAUCUUUGUAGACAUUAGGAAUUAAAAAUUAGAUAAUUUGCUCCUGUUUAUUUAAGAUACAGUUUAUCCAAAUUUGCACCAAAGAGUCAUCAUAAUAUUUGGAAUUAAUUGAGUUUAGAAACUAAAGAAAUUGUAAAAUUAAAUUUAUUCUAAUUGAUUGAAGUGGAAAAUAGUCACAUUGUCAGAAAUUAAUUAUGUGAUAUUAUAGGAGAAAUUGGAGGAUCUCUAUAUUAAGAUCAAAAUCAUAAUGAAUGGCCAAAUCUUUUACCAAUUUUAUGGCAGAUGUUUUUAUCACCUAAAAGUGAUAUAAUCGAAUGUGGUUUUAAGAUUCUUGGCAAUCUUUUUAUAUAUUCUAUAGAUCAAUUCGAUAAACAUUAGCAAGAUCUUCAUACUUUGUUUGUUUAAGGAUUGGCAAGUUCAUAAAUCAAAAUUAAAUCAUCUACUAUGCAUGCUUUGGGAAAUUAUAUUAAAUAUUCGUUGCCAGUUUAAUAUAAUAACUUUUAAGACUUGAUAUCCAAUAUGAUGAAAUCUGCUCUUGAAAUUACUAUCUAAGAUUUAUCAUUAGGAGAAGGAAUCAUGGAAGUUUUCUCAGAUAUUGUGGAUUCUAAACCAAAAUUCUUUAGAAAAUAGUUUAAUAUUUUUUUUAAUGGAAUUUAGGUUAUUUUUAGAGAAUCUUAAAUUGAAAAUGGAGUUAAAAGAAUUGGAACUGAAACUCUAUUAAGUAUGGUUGAAAAGUUUCCAAGAUUGUUCAAAUUUGAAAAACUCUAUUUAAUUUAAGUAGUUGAAAUGAUAUUUUUCCACAUGAUCUAAAUAAGUUCUACAAUUACAGACGAGUGGAAAAGGCCUCCUGAAGGAUUUAAUGAUGAUAUAGAAUAAGAUGAAGAUUGUGAAACCACAAGAUUUGGAAUGUCUAGUAUUGAUAGACUAAUUGAAUCAUUAGGUAAACAAGAAAUGUUACCUGUUUUAAAUCCAAUAGUAAGUGAGUUAUUAAAACAUUAAGAUUGGAGAUACAAAAAUGCAGCUAUAAUGGCGUUAUCUUAAGUAGGUGAAUACAUAGAAGAUGUUGCCGAUAUUAAACCCACAAUAGAAUUAAUUUUACCAAUGCUUAAUGAUAGUAAUUCUAUGAUUAGAUAUGCGGUAUGUCAUGCUAUAGGAUAGAUAGCAGAUGACAUGAAACCAAAAUUCUAAAAAUCAUAUUUACAUAUAGUGGUUCCAUAAUUUUUGAAUAGGUUAACGAUAGAGGAUGUUCCUAGAGUUAAUUCUCAUAUUUUAGCAGCUCUAACAAAUUUUGUAGAGGGGACAGAAAAAGGAAUUGAAGCAUAUUUGCCAAAUUUAAUUUAAUUAUCAAUAAAAUUUUUGAAUAAUGGGAUUUCAAUAGAGAAAGAGAAUGCAAUAAGUGUUAUAGCAGCAACAGCAGAGUCAAGCAAAUUAUCGUUUAUUCCUUAUGUAAAUGAGUUGCUUCCUAUAUUAUUCAAAAUAUUUUCAACUCAUUAAACUAAACAAUACAGAUAGUUGAAAGGUUAAGCAAUAGAGACAAUAACAUUGAUAGCUUCAGCAGUAGGGGAAUAAGUAUUUCUGCCAUUCUUGUAAUAGACAGUAUAAAUUCUGAUUCAAGUAUAAACAAGUAAUUUGGAAGCGAUUGAUCCAUAAAAGUCUUAUGUACUUUCAGGAUGGUAAAGAUUAGCAUUAGUUUGUCCAUUAUAAUUAGCAAAAUAUUUAGGAGACAUUGUUCCUUCAUUAUUCUAAUUAAUUUAAUAGGUAUUCAAUAUGAACUCAACAGGAUCAGAAAAUGGGAAGGAAUUACAUACAUAUGAUAAUGAGGAAGCUGAAGUUGCAAUACAUAUGUUAUCUGUAUUCAUAGAAGAAUUGAAAUAAUCCUUUUUUCCUUAUGUGGAGAGAUGCAUAAAAUUGAUAGUUCCUUUAUGUUAAUUUAAUUCUGAUGAAAAUAUUAGAAGUGCUGCUUGUAAGUGUUUAGUGAGUUUGGUUAGAAAUGUUAAAGAAACAAAUAAUACUUAGCAAUUGAUUAAUGGGGCUAAGUAUUUCCUUGGAGUAAUAUUAGAGGCAGGAUAUAAAGAAUUGGAUCCAACAGUCAUAAUUGAGUAAAUUGAUUGUAUAAAAGAUAUAAUUGAUAUUGUAUCUUAGCCAUUUAUGACGACUGAGGAAGUUACUGAAUUAUCAGAUAAAGUAUUUAAAUUAUUGUUAGAAUCAGAUAAAAGGAAGGCAGAGAAUGAGAAUUUGGCAUAAGAAGAAGAUGUAGAUGAAGAUGAAAAGAAUGCAAUAAAAGAAGAAACAGAAACAGAGGAAAAUCUACAUGUUAAGAUUGCAGAAUGUAUAGGUUCAUUAUUUAAAACACAUAAAGAAUUCGUUUUACCUCUUUAUGAAAUAAUUUGUAGUCAAAUACUACCAAGGGUUCUUGAUUAACAUAAAUCUCCUAAAAUGCAUCAAUUUGGUAUUUGUUUGAUUGAUUAUAUGGUUGAGCAUUUAGGAUUCCCAUAUAUAUAAAAUCAUUUUAUUGAUUUAGUUUAAGCUUUAACAGUCUAUGCAGUUGAUAAAAUAUGUCUAGUUAGAUAAGCUGCUGUUUAUGGGAUAGGAAUAAUGGCUACAAAUACUCCACCCGAAUUGUAUUAAUAAGUCUCUUAGAAAUUAUCAUAGGCUUUGGUGGAAUCUUUGAAAACCCAAAAAACAGAAGAGGAUAAUUAAAAAUUAUUUGGAUAAGCCAGAGAUAAUGCUAUCUCAGCUUUAGGUAAAAUCAUUAAAUCAUAACCACUUUCUCUUGGAUCUGAAUUAAUAUAAGGUAUGGAGACUUGGCUCUAUUUACUACCAUUAUAACAUGAUAAACGAUAAGCUUACAUUCAACAUAAUCUUUUGGCAGAGUUUAUUAUUCAAAAUGGAGAUCAAUUUGUUAAUGGCAAAUCUGAAAAUGCAUUACAAGUAUAUAUAAAUAUUUAAUACCACUCUAGAUUCUAAAAGUUUUUGCAAGUUGUUAUAAAUCGAAAAGAUCAACACCUACAAUAGAUAUAAAAAUAGCUAGUGCUCUUAGAGUAUUAGAAUAAUUAGAUUAAGGGAAAAUAAAUCUUCAAUAAAUAUUUUAAUAGUUGAGUCCAGAAGAUUAAAAGAAAUUAUUAGAAAUACCUAAAUGA